AUGACUAUCAAGGGUCCGAUAUUGGUGCUUGAAACGGUGAAGGCCAGUGUGGAUCACAAGGGAGGAAAGAACAAACUUUCACUGAAGCAGGGAGAGAGCAUUGAAAUUGUGCGCAAAACAGAAAACCCAAAGGACUAUUGGCUCGCCAGAAACCCUGAAGGCCAGUAUGGCUUUGUGAAGCCUGACACUCUAGAUGUUGUGAGAAGCACAUCGGAUGGACAGGAGGUGUAUGAUGAUGUGGGCGCAAAUGAUGACGUCAAUAAUCUACCAGAUGCAGCUGAAUGUGAUGCUGAUAUUUAUGAUUGUCCAGAUGAUCCACAAGCUGAUUUCAGCUUUCCACCUCCACCUCCUCCAGACCCCACUGCAUUUAAUGGUGUGUGUGCCACUGAUGAGACAUAUGAUGACAUUAUUCCAGCAGACUUCCCUCCUCCAUCAUCUCCUAAAAGCUUUCGAAAGUUCAGCUCAACAAGACAGACAAACGAGAUGGACCCGAAGAAAAAGAAAAAGUUUGAGAAGGAGGAGAAAGAGUUUAGGAAGAAGUUUAAAUAUAAUGCGGAAAUCAAAGUGCUGUAUCAAGCUACUGUUCUCCAGUCGCUGUCUAUAAAGAAGUUUGGUAAUAAAGACUUGCCAGUCAAACCUGGAGAAAUCAUUGAUGUGAUAGUUCAUCCAGUAGAUGACAAAAUCAUUGCCCUGAACAGCGAAGGAAAAUUUGGCUAUGUGUCGACUGCUAAUUUAGAGCAGUAA